CUCAAUGUCAACCUGGAAUAAUUUUUGUGACUUCCGGUAUCUGAUGGGUGACGUUAAUCAGCUGGAGCUACUGUUCGAACAGAUGACAACACUGACGUGAUAGUUACUUGUCAAUAUGUCAGGGUUUUAUGGAAUUACAGAACGUAGAGAGGUCAUUCGAGUGAAAAUAAAGAAACAUGAUGGGUUCAUGCAGCCAGAAUGUAAGAAGUUUUCUCUGGAUCCUCAGAUCACAUCAUUUGAGAUGUUACAACACAUCGUAGCUAGUGCAUUCAGCCUAAAAGGGGACUUUACCUUGAGUUACCUGGCUAGAGAUGAUGAAGGACAAGAGAUCUACCUGAGUAUGUUAUCUGAUUGGGAUAUGGAUGCUGCCUUCCAGAGUGCCUCUGACCCUUGUCUCCAGAUUAAAGUGGACCUCAAACCUUUUGAUGAUGGUUUAGAUGACUGGGAUAUAAUAGGACCUGUUGAUUUUCCACAACAAAGGGCACACGGCUAUCUAGAUGGCGGUUCUCUUCUUGGCACUUUGACCAGUCAAGUGGGUAAAACUGUUUCUAGGUCAAUGCAGAAAGUAAUGGGUUUUAAAGGUGAGGAAGAAUCUAAGUACAAACCAAGCAAGUCUCCCGUAACAGAUUUGGAAUUCAGAAAUUAUUUAGAUUCAUCAGGGCAUAUGGUAAAACCUGAAGAACUGAGACUGAGUAUUUAUCAAGGAGGAAUCGAAGCCUCUUUAAGAAGGGUUGUGUGGAGACAUCUUUUAAACAUUUUUCCUGCUGGACUUUCUGGUAAAGAGAGAUUUGAUUACAUGAAAACUAAGGAAAAUGAAUACUACAAAUUACGAGAUCAUUGGAAAGAGCAUUUCAAAAAUGGUUCAUUAUCGGAGGAAAUAAAACAUGUAGCAACAAUGGUAAAGAAAGAUGUUUUAAGAACUGACAGGACUCAUAAGUUUUAUUCAGGAAGUGAUGACAACAAAAAUCUGAUCACUUUAUUUCACGUUUUAGUAACUUAUGCUGUGACGCAUCCUGAGGUAUCAUAUUGUCAAGGAAUGAGCGAUGUGGCUUCACCUCUUCUUGUCAUACAAAAAGAUGAAGCCCAAGCUUAUAUAUGUUUCUGUGCAUUGAUGAACAGAUUACGGACAAAUUUCUUGUUUAAUGGCAAUGCUAUUGAAACCAAAUUCCAGCACCUUCAAGAUUUGAUAAGAAUUCAUGACCCUGUGUUUUAUGAAUAUCUUAAAAAUGUGAAUGCUUCAGACAUGUUUUUCUGUUACCGCUGGUUACUUUUAGAAUGUAAAAGAGAAUUCCCAUUUGAUGAUUCCAUGUAUAUGUUAGAAGUAAUGUGGAGCACAUUACCACCAAGUCCUCCAGAUCUUGAACUCGCACUAGCUGAUCCAGAUUAUCGACCAGAUUUUCUGUCAAUGCCUCCAACUUCUCCCUCAUUUACAUCAAAACAAAACAUUUAUGCACAGUUAUUGGCAAGGCGUAUUCAUAUUCAUUCUUCUAAAGUUAAGGACAUACCUAAUGCUAGUCAGAUCAGUGUUGGUACCAGUGUAAAUAAUAAUUUGUCAGCAGACGACAACUCACCAUUAGAGGACAAAAUGCUGUCUCAAGACUAUCCUUCUGUUAAUGAUGAACUAAUGACAAAAUCUAUCAUACUCAAGUCUUCUUCUAUUGACAAUUCUCUCAAAGAAACCUGUCCUCUUCAUGGGUAUAAAAGCAUGGAUAUAGAGAGAACCUAUUCUACAGUUGAAACUGUAGAUGAGGAAGAUGAAAACAAUUCAGUAGAGAAUACUGUUCAUUCUAUGGUUGGUGAAAAAUCUUUGGAAACAAAAAAUGGUCAAAGUAAUUUUUGUGAUGACCAUGAAAUUUCUGAAGAUUUUAAUCUACAAAGAAACAAUGAGUUUGAUGACGAAGACUCAAAAGUUGAAGUAAACAAUGAAACUGAGGAGUGUGAUGAACAUAACAACAGUCAGGAUAGUAAUUGUGAGAAUGAUAGUGGACAUGGACAAAGUCAGUUUUAUAUUUCUCUAGAAUCUAGUGAGGAACCUGAGGCACCCAAACCAACGCCUCCUCCAACUAAAGGAUCAUUCUUUGACAAUGUUAAAAAGAGAAUUAUGGUAUCACCAUUGAAAAAGCAGUCUGAUGCAGUCUCAAAAAUUUCUAAUUCAAAGCUUGUUGCAGACAACAGGUCAAAUAGUGUUUCUUCAAAAGGUAGUGAAAAUUAUCAUUCCAAAAAUGGUUUCAGUGAUUCACUGCAAGAUGACUCUGGUAUGAACUCAGCUCUGUCUUCAAUCGAGGUAAUAAUGAACGAUAAUCUAUUAGAGUUACCUCCCCCUGAAGAGUUUGGUAGUGGGAAUCCAUUCCUAAUGUUCAUUUGUCUCACGCUUCUUCUACAACACCGUGAUGUAGUUAUACAGAACCAUUUAGAAUAUGAUGAGAUGGCAAUGUUGUUCGACAAAAUGGUACGAAAACAUGAUGUCCACAAAGUACUUCAUCAGGCAAGAAUCCUGUACGCUGAUUAUCUUCAAAGUCAGCAGAAAAAAAUACAAGAAAGUGUGUAAAUGCCUUAUGUGUUGUGCAAUAGCUGCAGUUGUACAAUUUAUGCAUAUUAUAAUUGUUUUGCAAAAAAUUGGUGCUAUCUCUUGUUUUUGUAGCUUACCAGUGUAAUAAUUUUCAUCAUUUUGCAAUUUUUCAAUGAUUUAUUUCUCUUUCUUUCUUUUUUCUACAUUUGAACCAAGCAACAACUACUGAAUUGAUUUACUCUCACUCACUUUUUGUUUUAAAAAAAAUGUUGUCAUCACCUACCAUAUAUACAAUGUACAAAUGUACUAGUUCAUUUUCAUUUUUGAUUUAGUUGGGUUCAGUUAUCUGUUCAUUAGUAACUGCAAAACAAGUGACUAAGCCAACACAUUUAUUUGUCGUAAAUUGAAUAGAUAUGACAGUCUGACCAAGAUAACAUAGUCUUGACCUCUUUUCAUGCUUCAUGUUAAGUUUUCAGUACUAGGUCCUUGCAAAUUAUUUUACCAUGUCUAGUAAAUAUGCAUGACAUUUCAUUGGUUGUGCUUGUUAAUAUAUAUAUAUAUAAGAAGUAUAUGUUGGUCUUUCAUUUUCAAACUUUAUUUAUUUAAUUUUAGUUUUUAAGAUCAGGUAUCUAUUUACAAUAUUUGGUUAAAGAGUAAUCUAUAAUGAAAUUAUACAUACUUGACAAGUGUCAUUAAACUUUGACCUUACUUUCAACGUGUCAUUGGACUCUGUUUGUACUUUCAAAGUUUAUUGACAUUUAAUUAUAAUUGGUAUUCAGAUAUUGCUGGGAACAUGCGAUAUCAGAGUGGGUCCAUAAAGAAAACAUAAAAAUUUCUGUUUCAAAGUUAUAAUGGAUCCAGUUUUAAGUGCUUUGAAGUUCUAUAUAUGUACGGUACUCUGGAGUCAAUUUCACAAAGAAAUUUACGACUAAGAUUGGUCGUAAGUCAUGGACAAUUCAGUAUACUUUAGAUAAAUCUUAUUCGUAAGUUUUUUUGUGAAAUCGACUCCUGGUGUCUCAAGUUCCCAACGAGUCCUUAAUGUUGGCGCCAACUCAGCCCAAGUAUUACACAAAUUGUCUGUUCUUUAUAAAUAGUUUAAUUUCAACAUAACUGUGCCACUAAAUGUAGGGCAAGCUGCAAUCAAUCAAACAAAUUGGUCAUCACUGUUUAAUUUUACAUCGAAAAUAAUUUCUAUAUCUAUAGAUAACUAGCUAUAUGUGAAAUCAAGAGAGUAAUUUAUUAAAUUAUGAAAAUUGUGACCUUCUCAACAGUAUUAUUAGCUUUGAUAGGAGUAAAAAUGUAUAAUUUAUGAUGGAAUGACAGAGUUGUAUGUUCAUAUAUAUUAAUAUUGUUUUUGCAAUUAGGUUGUGCAUUUGUUAAUAAUAUAUUGUGUAAUUUGUGAGAAAAGUGUAUUGGUAUAUGUCAACAUCUGAAAAGAUAAUGUAAAUUCACAAAUUUUCAAGAUGUAUGAUAAUUGUGAAAAAUAUAAAGUAAAUUACAAGCAACCCAUAUUAAUUUCAAGUUUUAAAAUUCUGAUAUCAUUAUUAUAAUGCUGGAUUUCCAGAAAUCACAUAAAUUUAUCAGUAAAUUUGUAAAAUUAUGGGUAAAUUGUUCAAUAUUUAAACAAGUAAAUGCACAUUCGUUAUUUCUAAAUUAACAUUUUUGCUUGUGUUAUACAUUUUGUACUUGAAAAAUUGAGAAUGGAAAUGGGGAAUGUGCCAAAGAUACAACAUCCCCACCAUAGAGCAGACAAAAGCAGAAGGUCACCAACAGGUCUUCAAUGCAACAAGAAAUUCCCGCACCAGGAGGCGUCCUUCAGCUGGCCUUGUAUAUGUCUAUGGGACCAUCAUAUGACCUCAUUUUUAUUGCCCUUUCUUGUUGUAGAUCUUAGUCUAUAAUUCUUUAUUUGUCUAAAUUUUGCCAGGUCUACUAUAAACAACUACAACAAUCAUUUUUAACAAACUUCAUAUUUUAAACUAUGUUCUUGGUCAUUUCAUCAGGUCACAUUUUGUUAGAUCCAGUACUCAUAACUUUUUUUUUAUAUAAUUUAUUAAGUUCUUCAUAUUAAACACUAUCAUAUUUAGUUAAUUGUGCAGAUAUUUGAUCUAAUCAAAAACCAUCACUUAUGAUUUUAUAAAUACAAUAUUUUUAUUCAAGAUCACUCCAUCUUCAUUUACAGAUAAUAUAUGAUUGUUAUUAUUGUUUGUAUUGAUGUAUUUGCAUUCUGUCGAACACAUCUGGUGUGUAUAUGUCAUUGAUUAUCAAUACUGUUCUCUGUUUGUUUAUUUUUAUUUUCUAUGGAAAAAACUUUCACUGUAAAAUUAUUGACAAAUUUUUAUGUAUACAAUAUCUGAUGAUGGAAGUUUUUAAAUGACCUUGACUGACUAUACAGCCCUUGCAUGAUUGGAACUUUAUCUGAAAUAUUAUACUCUGACAUCAAUAAUUGUGUCAGCUUAAAUGAAAGAAGACCUUAAUUUGUUGUUCAACCUUUUUGUCUUGUUUUCAGAUUAUCCUGUUUUGAUAUAUAAACAAGUAAAUCCAUAUGGUGUUACCUUUUGGUGUACACAAGAUUAAUUACAAUUGAUCUAUCACCAUAAAAUAUUGUGAAGCAUACCUUUAUGACCUAUAGUUGUCAAUUUCUGUGUCAUUUUGGUCUCUUGUGGAGAGUUGUCUCAUUGACAAUCAUACCACAUCUUCUUUCAUUAUACUUAAUAUUCAUGUCUGACAUUUUACCUUUUACCUCUAGAUUAAAGUAUUAAUAUUUUUUACAAUUAGGAAGUCUUGCUUUUGUUUUGUUUUUGUUUUUUUAAAGAUGUGAGUUAAUCUCAUAGUGGCAACUCCCUACAUACAAGGUGAUAGGAUGUGCUGCUGGAAAAGUUCACCUUUUCAAGCUUGGAAAUAUGUGAAUAGGGGGGGAAACUCUCAGAAAUAUAUGAUAAGGUCAAUACAUUUCCCAUAACUUUUUUUUGUCUAUCAUCUUUGUUGAUGUUUCUCAAUCUGGCUGUGUUUUUAUCCAAUUUUUUUUCUAUAUUUGACAAAUUUGUAUUCCACUUUUAACAUGAAACCCAAACAAUAUGGGAAAAGGUAAUAUUUUUACCUACGCAAUAGAAGAAAAGGUAUACAUUUUCAAAAUCUGAAUUUUAAAAAGAGUGGGUUAACAGAACCCCAGCUGCACCAUCUAUCAAUUAAGUAUGGCAGGAAUUGGCCUGUGGGUAUAUCUUUCUAAUGUAUUCCAGAACUUUUGGAUAUAUGAAUUUUUCUUCUAACAUGUCUAAGGGUCAAACAGUUUAUAUUUUUGGCUAGUAAGCUUGUCCAGUUAGGAACUUUUUUUAUCGUUAAACAUAGACUUGUUUUUUCUGAUUUGAACAUGUACAUACCGGUAAGUAAAUAUCAUGCAUAAAUACCAGCUCAGACCAGCUGACUGAUGUAUGCUCCUUGGAGCCUCUAGUUUCUUUUUUUAACUUUUUCGACUUUAUUGGGAUUUUUUCAAUUGUUUUAUUGUAACAUACAAUUGCAAUCUCUAAAUAUAAAUUCAUGUCUAUUUGAACUAUAGAAUCUGUCAAUAUCUACUUGACAGUUUAUUUAUACUUGUUUAGUGUAGUAUGGGACAUGAUAUACAUAUAUAUUAUAAUGUAAGGUUUGUUUGAAGCUUUUAAUUGUGAUCUUAUCUCUAAAAUCAGAGUUCAGGAAGAAAUCUAUUCUAAAUUGCAUUUUGUUAGCCAAAUUACCAGAACUCUUCGGAAAAAGACUUAAUUUCAUAGUGGGUCUCAUUGGGGUCUAAGCGUGACGCGGGACUGACAAUUAUUUUAUAAGCGUGACACGUGAAAGUCAAAUUAUUGUGGCAUGAAAACGAGAAAUGAGGUCUUGCAAGACCUGGGAAAUGACAAAAAAAUGAGAAUUUCUUAUGUGCAUAGUGUAAGCAGGAUACAGGAAUCUGACAAAACAGUAAGCGGGAUCCGCGAUUGGAACCCCUCAAUGAGACCCCCUUCAUAUAGAUUUUUCAUUGGAUCCUUUCAAAAGUAACAAAUGAUCUUUAGAGGAAGAAAUUAUAGUUUCAGUUUAAGAUUAAGCUUUCCUGUAGUUGAUUUCUAGAUCAACAG